CUUCGCGGUGCACACGAAAGGGAAAGGAAACGGCUCACACUUCUCCAUUCCAAAACCCCGUCGCUGUGUCUGAUCUUUUACCUACGUUUCAUCGUUCGAGACACUGCAAGACGCUUAUUCAUCGCUUCCAGAGUUCCGUGGUUCAUUUUUUAUUUCCCCCCCGUCCUUCCCCUUCGUAGACUUUGUUGUUGGUCGUACUUCUACUGCAUACAUCGAACCCGACUGCACAAAGUUGAUCGGUAAGCUAAGCUAGUUAGCCUCCUAGUCAACGCUUAGCUAGCUUCUUUGCUAACUAGCUUGCAGUGCGUCUCGAGGAGUAACGUUUGUCCAGCACUUUGGUCGUCGUCACGACCCGUGACAGUCUUAUCCUGAAAUUGGAAAGUGUUUUCGGCGGUAGUUGGUGUUUUUGUCUCCUAUCUGGUCAGCGUAUUUGGCCUGGAAGGUAACUCGAGGCCUGGUCCAGCCCCUCCGCCACACUAAGAGCUGACAGCUUUCUUGGUGACACAACGUCUUCUCCCCGAGGAGCCAAGAAGCAGACGGCUCAUGACUUCUGACCAGGACACGAAAGUUGUAGCUGAGCCACAGGUGCAGCAAGUUCAAGAAGCAAAAGAGAGCGCUCAUUUGGAAACAGCCAAGGUUUCAGACCUAAACCCCAAUGCAAAAGCAUGGGCCAACCACAUGUUUAGCCUGGACCCCAGCGGGAGUGCUGCCGACACAACUGCUGCCUUGCAGCCAUGGAAGGAAGGCUGCGAUAGUUCGGUUGAUCCCGGCCCAGAAGAUUAUGAAGCAAGUGAGGACAAGGUUUACAAGGAGCCUCUGCUAACUGAACCGGAUGAGCCUCCACCAGUACCAGUAAUGCUGGCCGAGCCAACCCCUGUGACCUCGGUCACGCUGGAGUGCUCUGAGCCAGUUUACACAGACUACCCAGAGCCUGUGAAUACAGGAAGUGAACCCCAGCUCGACAAUCCACAAGAUGGCUUGAGGGAGCUCCUGAAGAAAACUCUGGAAUUCUGUCUGUCCCGGGAGAAUCUGGCCAGUGACAUGUACCUCAUCUCGCAGAUGGACAGUGACCAAUAUGUGCCCAUUGUGACUGUGGCCAACCUGGACCACGUCAAAAAGCUCAGUACGGACGUUGAACUGAUUGUGGACAUUUUACGAUCUCUGCCAUUGGUCCAAGUUGAUGAGAAAGGGGAAAAGGUACGGCCCAAUCAGAACCGCUGCAUCGUAAUCCUCAGAGAAGUUCCAGAGAGCACACCAAGAGAGGAAGUUGAAUCUCUCUUUAAAGGCGACAACUUGCCAAAGUUCAUAAACUGUGAAUUUGCCUACAAUGACAACUGGUUCAUCACCUUUGAAUCAGAAGCAGAUGCACAACAGGCAUAUCAGUAUCUCCGUGAGGAGGUGAAAACUUUCCAAGGGAAACCAAUUAAGGCGAGGAUAAAGGCAAAAGCAAUCGCUAUCAACACUUUCAUGCCAAAGAACGGUUACCGGCCGGUGGAGGUGAACCCUUAUGCCCAACAGCGCUACACGUCUUACUACAUGCCGCCGGUGUACAGCCCGCAGCAGCAGUUCCCCCUGUACAGCCUCAUCACCCCACAGGCCUGGUCCACAACACACGGCUUCAUUGACCCCGCUUUGGUUGCCCCAUUUCAUAACAACCAGUUCAUCAAUGGAUUUCCCACCUCACACAGUUUCAAACCAGCGACGUCCCCCCUCACUGUCAGACACUACUCGCCAAGAAACAGGAAUCACAGUAAACCACACCUGAGGCCAACUGUCCCCUCAACGGACCGCAGUUCUGGGCUUCUGGAUAGCCCGGGACUUUUUCACAGCUUUCCCAGUGAACGUUUACUCAACGGUGUCCGCAACAGCCCAGCAACACGACUUCCCACCAGCCAGCCAAGAACCAGGUUACCUUCCAACGCGGCCUUUCCUCGCAGGGACACUGUGGGCACAGGGCGUGUAACAGAGCCCAGCAGCACAGACUACUCACUCGGAAUGGGACGAGGAAGGAAAAAUGUUUCUGCUUCUAGGAAAAAGAGGGAUGACAAGUUUACAAGAGUGACGCCCCUGUCACCACCUCCUCCACCCAAACCACCAUCUCCGAGCUUCGAGCUGGGCCUCUCCAGCUUCCCUCCGCUGCCUGGAGCUGCCGGCCAGCUGAAAACCGAUGAUGUGUUCGACAGCAGAUUGGCCAGCAGUGUGGUCAUGGCCAAUGAACAGAAUGUAAGUGCUGAUGACUGUGCUGGAGGUGCCUCCUCUAUAGCUGGCCACAAAGAGCCUCUUCGGUCCUCCACCUCCCCAAUGCCUACAAACUUGCAGUCUUCGACCACCCUGACCCCAGCCUCCGGUCCUCCACACAGCCCAUCCCUCCCAGCAGUGGAGGCGAAAGUGACGGAGGUGAAGCCGAAGGAGGUACAGCUGUCUGUAGAGCGAGUUCCUGGCACUCUGUCCACUGCAAGCAAGUCUGUGCAAGUCAACGGCGCUGCCACAGAGCUGAAGAAACCUUCAUAUGCUGAAAUCUGCCAACGGGUUAAGGACACUCCAGCAUCCCAGCAGCCACCGGCCCCCAAGGAAGCAAAGCCAGCAUGUGUUAACACUGAAGAGAAAAAGUGUCCCGAAAUCUUGACCCCUGUAGGGGAGACCAAGACCAGAGAGACUUACGCCGCCUCCUCCAAGUCUGGUGUGGCCACCAUAACAACAAGCAGACCGCCGCGGGAGGCUCGAAGGCCUGCUGGACGAUGGACCUCCCCGCCCCCGCAUCCAGGGAAACCCCCCAGCAAAGACCCUCAUCACACCCCACCUAAGUCCCCACAGUAGGAGAAUGCCCCGCCAUUGUUGAAGUCCUCCAAAUCCACUACGCUUCAGAAAUCCACACAUACAAAAAUAAGGAUGUCAAUUCAGGGCUUCUUAGUGCUAAUAAUCCAGAAUCAGCAGUCAAACAAGCAACGAGGACGCCGCCUUUUCUGGAUCAGGGCUUGCAGACAAAAGGCACUUUAUUGUGCAUGUAAAGCACCGCGUUUCUUCUUCUUUAUUUAUUUUGCUCCUUUUUCAUGAUAUAGUUGUCGGCUUGUGUGACGACACAAACACUGAAACAUACCGUUUCCUCUCUAAAGGGCCCUGCAGCAUUUAGUGGUAGCGGCGUGCGUACAACAGGCUCCACCUUGUUUGGCUCUUAUGGUGGGAAGGGCUUGGUUUGCAUGUUGCGGCACUGAUGUGCGACUUGAUGUAGCUUAAUUAUGGCGCAUAAUUAACAGACUUUUGAUACUUACUCACAUUCAUAUGCAAGAACAGACAGGUGUCUCACUGCAGCCGGAUCUGGAUUGUUUAGUUGAUGCGAUUGUCUGUUGUCAUUAAUCUGUUUACCGCUGGUGACUGUCGGGUCAGCUCUGUAAAUCGUGUUCAUCUGUGGCAGCUUGGUUUUACUGUACGCUGCAUUGCUUGUCAGGUAGCGGGGGGGGGUCUUCUUAAGCUAAAGCUAUAAAAUAAGGACUCAAGCAGCCCGCUGGUGUCAUUUUGGCCACGAAUUUGUAAGGAAGGUUUGGUUGCAUUGGAGAUGAAAUGAAGCACAGGUGGUGGCUAAGUAGUUAGUGUGCUUGGUUUCAGUGCAUAAGGUUCCCGGUUCAAACCCCACACCUGUAACAUUUCUCCAUGAAAUGUGGAGUUACGUCAGCAAGGGCAUCCAGCCUAAAACUUGUGCCAAUUCAACAUGCAUAUCCACCUUGGAUCUGCUGUGACGACCCUGACUGAAAACAAGGGAGCAGCUGAGGGGACUUACUAUUGGAGCUGAAAGGAUUUUUGGGUUAGAAGUCAGUCACCAGAACGUUAACAAUCUACCAAACAGAAAUUCAAAUUUUUUUUUUUUUUUUUCUGAAACUAUCUGCAUAAAUAUGAAUAUUUCCUCCUUUCCACAGCAUCACCAAACAGCAAAUUGAGUUUAGAGCCCAGUGUGGGCCAAAGGAGAUGUUCAAAGACCUCGUGGACUGUGGGAAAAUGUGAUCUUUGGGUUUUGUUUUUUCCUUCAUGUUUAAUGACUAACUGAUGAGCAAAUGUCAGUGAUUGUUGGCUGCUACACUUCCUGUUUGUUUUUGAAUAUUGGAAGUGAUAUUUGGCUGUUUGGACUUUAGGAUGGGCUUUUUUUUUUUGUCAAUUAUUGAUGGGGAAACGCAACAUAUGAUGUGUCAGGUGCAGGAUCAGUAGGUGUAGGAUUCACAUACAGAAUCCCUGUUAUAAUCAGGAAUUUAAAAUCCAUGUGACAGUUGAAUUGAUUCUGAUUUGAGAUGAGGUAUCAGACAGGCGGAUGGGAGCACAGUUUAUCAUAAAA